AGCUUCUCGUCCACAUCCCCGCACCCGCGCGCACCUUCCUCCUCCUCACACACACAGCCAUGUCUACCGAGUCGGGACCCUCGCUGCGCCUCGUGCCCGGCGCCGCCUCGGCGUCGAGCACAUCGCUCGCCGCCACCUCGCACCCCGUGCACCUCGGCGUGCACGACGCCAUGCGCCACGGCCCGCGCUCGCUGGCGCACGAGCACCAGGCCGCCAGCAGCCACCCGCUGCAGGCGCGCCUCGAGGGCUGGCAGGCGACGCGCGAGCAGCUCAAGCAGACGAUGCUGCGCAACACGUACGGCCUCGGCGCGCCGAUGCGGGCGGCGCUCGAGCAGAGCUGCAUCGUCAAGGACGGACCGUUCCCGAACAUGCACGCAUCGCACGCCGGCACACACAAGGGCCUCGCAGCGAUGCAGAUGGACAUCCUGAACGGUGACGACGAGACGCUCGAGCCAGUCGAUUUCCUGCCGACUGAGAUCGGCGGCGACACGGUCGACAUCCACCAGCUCCUCGACUCAGCCCGCCGUCGUUGAUCCUGACAUGUAAUGAACCGCUUUCUGGACGCCUAGCUCUCUGUGACG